GCGCGGGGGAGCGGCGCCGCCCCUCGCCGCACCUCCCCGGCAGCCCUCAGAGGCCACGCUGGGCAUGCUCAGUCGGCAGGGCCGCUUCGGCUCUCGUAGUUGGAAGCUUGGGGCGCUUGGCUUGGGAGGACCCGUGGUGGGGCGAAGAUGGAGCCCUUUACCAAUGAUCGACUUCAACUUCCAAGGAAUAUGAUUGAAAACAGCAUGUUUGAAGAAGAACCAGACGUUGUAGAUUUAGCCAAAGAACCUUGUUUACAUCCUCUGGAACCUGAUGAAGUGGAAUAUGAGCCCCGGGGUUCAAGGCUAUUAGUGAGAGGUCUUGGUGAACAUGAGAUGGAUGAGGAUGAAGAGGAUUAUGAGUCGUCUGCGAAGCUGCUGGGCAUGUCCUUCAUGAACAGAAGCUCAGGGCUUCGAAACAGUGCAACAGGCUACAGGCAGAGUUCAGACGGAACUUGUUCAGUACCCUCUGCCAGGACCUUAGUGCUCUGUGUUUUUGUCAUUGUGGUUGCUGUCUCUGUAAUCAUGGUGAUUUAUCUACUGCCUAGAUGUACCUUUACCAAAGAAGGCUGCCGCAAAAGAAACCAGUCAACAAGCCUAAUUCAGCCAAUUGCUACAAAUGGGAAAUUGUUCCCGUGGGCACAAAUUAGGCUUCCUACUGCCAUUAUGCCUCAGCGCUAUGAACUUAACCUACAUCCAAACCUAACCUCAAUGACAUUCAGGGGUUCUGUGACAAUUUCACUUCAGGCUCUUCAAGCCACAUGGAAUAUCAUUCUCCAUAGCACAGGACAUAAUAUUUCAAGAGUGACAUUUAUGUCAGCAGUUUCAAGUCAAGAAAAACAAGUUGAAAUCCUGGAAUAUCCAUAUCAUGAACAAAUCGCCAUUGUUGCCCCUGAAGCCCUUCUAGCAGGUCACAAUUAUACCUUGAAGAUAGAGUAUUCAGCAAAUAUAUCUAACUCUUAUUAUGGGUUUUAUGGCAUCACCUACACAGAUAAAAGUAAUGAGAAAAAGUACUUUGCAGCAACUCAAUUUGAACCUCUGGCAGCAAGAUCUGCUUUUCCCUGUUUUGAUGAGCCAGCAUUUAAGGCCACAUUUAUCAUCAAGAUCACAAGGAAUGAACAUCAUACUGCAUUAUCAAAUAUGCCUAAGAAGUCAUCGGUCCCUGCAGAAGAAGGACUUAUUCGGGAUGAAUUUUCUGAAAGUGUUAAAAUGAGCACAUACCUGGUUGCUUUCAUUGUAGGGGAGAUGAGGAACCUGAGUUGGGAUGUAAAUGGAACCCUGGUUUCUAUAUAUGCUGUACCAGAAAAGAUUGAUCAAGUUCACCAUGCCUUGAACACAACCGUAAAGCUCCUUGAAUUUUAUCAAAAUUACUUUGAAAUUCAAUACCCACUUAAGAAAUUGGAUUUGGUGGCCAUUCCUGAUUUUGAAGCUGGAGCAAUGGAAAAUUGGGGCCUGCUUACGUUCCGAGAAGAGACUCUUCUGUAUGACAAUGCCAGUUCUUCAGUAGCAGAUAGAAAACUGGUUACAAAAAUCAUCGCUCAUGAGCUGGCACAUCAGUGGUUUGGUAAUCUGGUUACAAUGCAGUGGUGGAAUGACCUGUGGCUAAAUGAAGGCUUUGCAACUUUCAUGGAGUAUUUCUCUGUGGAAAAAAUAUUCAAAGAGCUCAACAGUUAUGAAGACUUCCUAGAUGCUCGAUUGAAAACCAUGAGGAAAGAUUCUUUGAAUUCAUCCCAUCCAAUAUCAUCAUCUGUUCAGUCUUCAGAACAAAUAGAAGAGAUGUUUGAUUCUCUUUCCUAUUUUAAGGGAGCUUCUCUCUUGUUGAUGUUGAAGACUUACCUUAGUGAAGAUGUGUUUCAGCAUGCUAUCAUUCUUUACUUGCACAAUCACAGUUAUGCAUCCAUUGAAAGCGAUGAUCUCUGGGACAGUUUUAAUGAGGUCACAAACAAAACUCUAGAUGUAAAGAAAAUGAUGAAAACCUGGACCCUACAGAAAGGAUUCCCAAUAGUGACUGUCCAGAGGAAGGGGACUGAACUCCUUCUACAACAAGAAAGAUUUUUUCUAAACGUGCAACCAGAAAUUCAGGCUUCAGAUGCCAGCUACCUUUGGCAUAUUCCAAUAUCCUAUGUCACUGAUGGAAGAAACUAUUCAGAAUAUCGAUCAGUUUCACUACUGGACAAGAAAUCAGAUGUCAUCAAUCUUACAGAACAAGUACAGUGGGUCAAAGUCAACACAAAUAUGACUGGCUAUUACAUUGUUCACUAUGCUGAUGAUGACUGGGCAGCUCUAAUCAAUCAGUUAAAAAGAAAUCCUUAUGUUCUCAGUGACAAAGACCGAGCCAACCUCAUCAAUAACAUCUUUGAACUUGCAGGCCUUGGCAAAGUGCCUAUUCGGAUGGCAUUUGAUUUGAUUGAAUAUCUUAGAAAUGAGACCCACACUGCACCCAUUACUGAAGCCCUGUUCCAGACAGGCCUCAUCUAUAACCUCCUGGAAAAACUGGGACAUAUGGACCUGGCCUCAAGAUUGGUGACCAGAAUAUAUAAAUUGCUCCAGAACCAAAUCCAGCAGCAGACUUGGACUGAUGAGGGCACGCCAUCUGCUCGAGAGCUUCGGUCAGCCUUGCUGGAAUUUGCCUGUGCCCAUAACCUAGAUAACUGUACCACUGAGGCCACAAAGCUGUUUGACAUUUGGAUGGCAUCAAACGGAACUCAGAGCCUGCCUACUGAUGUCAUGGCCACUGUGUUCAAAGUUGGAGCAAGAACCGAGACAGGCUGGUCCUUCCUCUUAAGCAUGUAUUCCUCCAUGGGCUCUGAAGCAGAAAAGAACAAAAUACUUGAAGCUCUUGCCAGCUCAGAGGAUGUACAGAAACUUUACUGGUUAAUGAAAAGUAGCCUUGAUGGUGAUAUCAUCCGAACACAGAAGUUGUCACUUAUCAUCAGAACAGUGGGAAGGCACUUUCCUGGACACUUGCUGGCAUGGGAUUUUGUUAAAGAAAACUGGAAUAAGCUUGUACAUAAGUUCCAUCUGGGCUCCUAUACCAUACAGAGUAUUGUUGCUGGGUCAACUCACUUGUUUUCAACGAAGGCACAUUUGUCUGAGGUCCAGGCAUUCUUUGAAAAUCAGUCAGAGGCAACCUUACAGCUUCGCUGUGUCCAAGAGGCUUUGGAAGUUAUUCAGCUGAAUAUCCAGUGGAUGUCGAGGAAUCUGAAAACUCUGACAUUGUGGCUGUAGCACACACAGCUGACCUUCCGGUGCCCAAAGCUCUGCUGGUUUUGUAAAGGUUGAAGUGAAGGCAGGCAUGCUACUGGGUUGUUUUGCACUAUUAGGAGUUCUAGUUAGCUCAGGGCCCAAUUGUGUUUUUCAUGUCUUUUCUGAAAUGUGUUUAGGCAGUAAGUAAUUAUUUAUUACAAAGUUAUAUUCACCUGUAUGCCGACCAUCUACAAAAACAAUGAGUAAUUUUGCUUUGGACACACAAAUGGAGAAAAAAGUCAUAUUUGAAAUUGUGUUCCAUUUCUUAGUGUCCGGAGAGUUGCUGACACAGUGCAACCAAGGAAACUCUACUGUAAGAACUACCAUAUUUGUAGGCUGUUGAUUGAUCAGCUAUUUGCUGCGUCUUGUUGAUGGAUGUACCUGGAAUGUAGUAGUUAGCCUGGAAGAGUCAAGCAAAAAAGGCAUUGAAGAUACAGCUGUAGACAACUGACCUCAGGUGUGCAGGUCUGCCCUGAUUGGCGGUCUUUUAAAAAUGUUUAUAUCUAUAUUAUAAUUUUUCCUGCAGAAUAACCAGGUUCUAAAGAUUUUUCUUGUUUCUGUUGAAUUGAACAGAUGAACGCACAGGUCCAAAAUCUCAGUUUUCCAAAUAUUUAACACUUUCAGCUUCAUCUUUAUGGCACUACUGUAAGAAGGUGUUCUGAACUGAGUUACUGUUCAUUAUUUUAUUCAUGAGUUCCAGUACCUUCCACCUCUAUACACUUGCUAGGCCUGCUGGUGGACUCUCUGCUGUAGGGGAUUUUCACGCUUUGGCAAGUUUGUGUUAAGCAGCACUGGUGUGUUUGUCGUUAUUUCCCCACCAAGAAUGCAAUUUGUUUAAGUUGCCUUUUGACCUAACAAAUAAUACCAUUUUCUCUGUGAAUCAUACCCAUGUGUGUUUUUUUUAUUUUAUGUUAGGGUAUUAGAAGCAUUUCUCAAGAAAUUAAAGCAUUUUAUUUUGAUGUUCACCAUAGUACCUUAAAGGGACAAUGAGAAUGUGGAAAAGGAAUAGUUGAACAUAUGGUGGGCUAUGAAUUCUUUCUUUUCACUGUUUAAAACAGUGAUUUUGUUUAGUUGAAAAAAAAAUAGCUUUUUUCUUUUCUUUUGGUCAAAUUAAUAUUAAACAGUGGCCAAGGACAAGCAAAGGAAUAGUGAGGGAGGGUAUCCAGAGCAGAAUGUGGGCGUUUUCACUCCUUUUGAAGGAGAAAUACUGUACUUGAAUUUUUGAGCUAUGCAGACUUAUUCCUAGGUUGUUUUGUUUCUUUGAUUCUUAGGAGAGAAAUUUUCUUCUUAAUAACUCAUGAGAAUUCUAUAUUUUGUUUAAAAACUGUCCAUGUACAUAAAAAGGGAAUUACUCAUUUGUGAACACUGAAAACACCCCACAGUCAGACCAUAGAAAGACUACUUUUUUUAUUCAGCUGUUGUAAAGUUAGAAUACGUGGAGUUGAAAACAAAGUUAUAGUUUAUUUUAUGAAAAUAUUUUUAUAUAACAAAAUUUUAAUGGCUGACAAUCUGAAAAUAGCCUACUGUAAUCCUAGUGUUUGCUCCCAGUUUAGUCUUUUCUAAACAUUUUUGUGUUUUUGAGUAGAAAAUAUUAUUCCUGAGAAUCUCAGAAUCAUCUUGAUAUCUUCGUGAAAUAGUUAAUUAUAGAUCUUCAUUUCCUUUGUGCUUUUGGUAAAUGAAUGGUAGUUUAGCUGAUACUGAAGGUUAGGGGUUUUUUGUAUUUUUGGAGUGAAGGAAAAUACUCCUGUGGGCUUGGUUGCCUCUUUUUGGUUUUUUUACCAUGUUGUAUUACUAAAUUCUACUUUGAUACAGUUUAACUUUUGCUACUUCUCAAGACCAGUUCAGUCUUGAGAUUUACCUGCCCAUCUUGGUAUUGAUCCUAAAAUCUAUGUAACUCUGCAUAUGGCAAAUCUUGUCUUAAAUAACACUUUCUUCCAUGUAUGAAUGUGAAUGUGUGUGGUGUGCAGUGUUGUACAUAGAGUCUUAUGCGGAUAUGUGCAGAAAAAAAGAAGAAGAGGUAAUUCUUGAUUUAUUGCUGUCAGAAGCUAUUCAUUCCCAGGAUACUGGAGCCAUAAUAUUUUCACUCUUACCAAUAAUCUUCACCUAGAUUGUUUAUAAUUUUGAUAGACCUCCUCUUAAUUUCCCCACAGAAUUCUGUAAAUUUUCAUGUUUUGUUAGCCUGCGUAUGUGCAUCUUUUUACAGAUAACUCAAAGUCAAGAAUGUAAGGCUGAGAGGUAGCAUUUAUAGUCUCAUAAGUAUAUUGGUAGCAUUCAGAUUUUCCUUCUCCAAAAUUUACCUUGCAUUCUGUACUUCUAGGAAGGAAGAUUGACUCACAGGGGUCAGCUUGUGCUUUGAGUAUAUACCUGACAUCACUGGGUAGCAGUGAGGAGUGUUCUGUUGACUACAGAGAAAGGGUGUACUUGAAUGUAAUGUGAAGGCAUAUAUUGAUUAUUAGGAAAAAUAGAACUGGAAAAAUAGAAAUUAUAGAUUUGUGGAAAAAAUUCAUUUGGAGAUCUAAAAGUUAGGAAUCGUAAGAGGUAAAUUUACUCUACUAAUAUGGAGUUAGCUAUGAUAAAGUAAUGACAGUUUACCCCAGAAACUUGUGCCUUCUCUGUCUCAUUUUGUCUUUAAAAAUGAAAUUGUAUUUGUCAGUGUUCAGUGUUUACAAACUUUCUUGCUAUCACAGGUUCUACCUAACUAGUUUUCUUUGCUAUGUGUGUUUUCAUUUUAUGAGACUUUAGCCACUAUUAGAACAAAAGCUUUCAGAAGAGUCCUGGGUAUAAAAAACAAAUCUAGCUGCAUCAGGUUUACUGGGUACCAAACAAUUCUUUCUGAUUGAUUACUGGGAAGAAAGAAAUAAAAAUUAAGUUUUGUGUUUGUUGCAUGAUUGAUAUUCUGUUGUUGAAUUGGAUUUUAAAGGUAUUUAAUCUAAAGAACCUAGAAUGAUAAUUUUCAGCCCGACUGCUGAGCACGUACAUAUGAACAUGUGCUCCGUGAGUUUCAGGGAUGGCACAGCACAUCUCAAGUGCACUAUUGCUGAGGACUGCAGUCGCAGACUGAGUUCACGGAUAGGAAAGGGUUGAUUUAUAUGGGCCUCUAAGAACUGGGAUCAUUGGUAUAAUGUAGAUUCCCCCUGCCCCGACCUUACUUUUAUUUAUACAGAAUGAAUUCUCUUUUUUGGAAAUGUUCUGCCUUCUUAGAUUUGUAGUUCUUAAAACUCAGGUAUAUAUUUUUCUGGGUUUGUGUUCUUUUAUUUUGUUCUUAAAUCUGUGAAAUAUCAAAGAAGUACAAAAUGAAAAGUGGAAGACUCAAAGUGUGACAAAUCUACUCUUUUCCCCAUCCCUUACUGCCUAAUUGGGCAAUUAUUAGCAGAAUAAGUGAUCGAUUUUUAGAGGGUUUGUGGGAAUUUGAGGGGGUGAUGGAUACUUUUGAGACAUACACAUGUACUUUUGUAUGUUUUAUAUUUUGUUUUACAGAUUUUGUCCUAGUAAAGAGUGAAAUACUGCUCUCUGAUAAUCUCUCCUCUUCCCAUGUUGCCUACUGUAGGUAACAGCUAUAGAAUAAUUAGGUUUUAAUUUUUGAAAUGAUGUCAUGAGUUUCAAAAGGGGAGCAAGGUAGCUUCUUUUAAAAGUGUGUAGCAACAAUUUUGCUGUUAUUUGGGACUUACUUAUUGCUGCCCUCUAUACAUUCUUGUGGACAUGUGCAUAAACUAUGCAAGUCCACACCGAUGCAUUGGAAUAACAGAGUAGUAAUAGUGCCUACUGUUUUGUUCUAGUCUUAGGAACAUAAGUUGCCUCUUAUCCUUCCAAGCACAUUUAUAAAUGCAAUACUACCUUUUAUAUAUUUUAUUUAGACUUUUUUCUUUGCAUAGAAAACUUAAUAACCAUUGUGAUGGAGUAUGACCGAUUUUUACCUUUUCCUUGUUGCCUCUUAAGACAGUAGCUAACUGUUUUGUUUGGGAUAGAGUGAGAGAGAGUAGAGUACUGCUUGCUGUGACUUUUUAUUACUAAUUUUAUUUGGUCCUAUACCCUUGAAAUGCAUGUGAAAAUAUCUGAUGAAAUGUGGAAGACUAGAUGUAAACAGUCACAUCUUCUCACCUCUUAUUGCCUGUUGGCAAUAGCCAUUAGAAUGGCUAUAUGAGUGUGUGCAGGGAAGUGUACUUAAUGUCUGUAUAUAUGUUCUUACUACUGUGUUAUAUUAAUUCACUGGGUGCUCAGAGUGGAAGGUACCAGUGGGGUUCAGAUGUAUAACAAUGUCCUCUUUUCCUUUCUCUUAUUGUCUGGGUGCAAUACUUUUUAAAGUAUUUUGAGUUUUUUGAAAGUUGGAUUUGGGUGUUGAGGAUUGUUGUUUGAUUGGUUGGUUUUUGCUAGGCUGGAAAAGUAGUUUGGGGCAAUAGUAUAUACUUUUUUAAUAUAAACAUGCUAUUGCUGCAUUUUUACUUUCUUGCUUUCCCUGUCCUUUCUGUGGAUUGAUGAGGAAAGUUGGGGAUCUCUCUAAGAAGUUUCUUCCUUCUCUUGCAUUGGACAUGCAUUGCAGUGAGUGUCAAGUAGCACAGACAGUGCUUUGGGGCUGCUACUGAAGGUGGAGGUCUGGCAUAUGCUUUCACUGUGUUUUUGCUAUGUGCUUCUUGGUCACUGAAUUUCGUUGCGUAGCUGUCCUUCACUUGGACUUGGUUCCUGACAAAGCACUGAGCUCUUAAUUUAGUGUCCUAUCAUUAUUAUUCCAUCAGUGUGGGAAAGAUUUUCUUUUUCUUUUUUCUUAGCUUUAGGGGGGAUUAAGGGCGGGAAAUACACUCUUACAAAUGUAUAUAAUUUUGUUACUAUACUAUAUUAUUUCAUUUGGUACUGCGUCCUUUACAUGGACAUAUAGGUACCUAAUGAGACGUGGAGGUCCGGAUGUAUGAAAACUUCCUCUUUCCCCUUUCCUCAUUGCCUCUGUAGGCAAUUGUAGAAUAGCAUAGAUUUUCUAACUCUGUUCCACCCGGAGGGGUGGAAUAUGUAUAUACUUUUAAAAUGUAAAUAUAAAUUUUUAAUUCUUUUUGUUGUUGUUAACUUCAUUUGUACCUAAAUCUGUCUGUGGACACUUAGGUACAUAAGAAAUAUCGAGGUUCAUUCUAUGAAAAAUCUCCCCAUCCCCUUCCCUCAUUGCCUGUCUGGGCAAUAGCUUUUUAGAGUAGUUGUGUAGCUUUGGCAUAGGGGUAUGAGGUGAAAGAGUUCUGGGUUUUUACUUUUUAAAAUGUAAAUGUUUGCCAACAGUUAUUUCAUUAUUUCACUUCCAAUGUGCUUUUGUGUUUCAAAUUAUUGUCAAAUGAAAUGAGUCUAUACCCAGAGUCAUGGAACAUCUUUCUUCACUCUGUCCCUUGUGCCAUACUGUAGUAGUGUACGAGUACUAUAGGGCUUGGGUCUUUGUUUUGUCCGUCUUGUUGCUUAUAACACAGUUUGUUAGAGAAAAAGUUAACUGUGUGUGUGUGUGUGUGUGUGUGUGUGCGUGUGUGUGUGUUGAAAAUACCUUGUGGUGUUAACAUCAUUUUGAACCUGGUCCUUGUCAUAACUAUUUUUUAUAUAUUACUUAAUGAACACUGAGAUUGAUUCUAUGAAAACUCUCCACACUCCCUAUCCUUCAUUGCCUGAUGGGCAGUGGUAGACUAGCUCUUUUGUUUGCUUGGGGGGAGGGUCUGGCUGUACAUAUAUUUUGAAUGUAUAUAAAUAAUUGCUACAUUCUAUAUGUUACUCCACAUAGCACCAGUUCUUUGCUGGGUUUGUAGAUACAGAAUGGAACACGGAGGUCCAGACGUAUGAUAGCUCUCCCCUCUCCCUUUUCCUCAUUGCCUAGACAGGCAAUAAUUUUAUAACUUGGGGUUUUUUUGGCAGGGGAGGAGGGAUUUCUUAGGUGGGUAGUGAUUAGGAAAGGGAUAGAAUGCAUGCUUUUAAAGUAUAUUUUUAUGGUACUGAUUAGGCCCCUAGUCCUUUGCAUGAAUAAAUGGGUACCUAAUCAGAACUGAGGAUCGGUAUAUAACAUACUUCUGAUUCUCCCCAUCCCCUUAUGCCUGUUGGCAAUUGUGAGUAAAGCAGUUUUGUGUUUUUUACUUAAUUGUUUUGAAUUUAUAUUUUUGGUAUGAGACUAUUCCUAGUAUAAAUAUUUUUUUCUUUAUUUUAUUUUGUAGUUGUUUGCCUAACUGUUAAGGCCAUAGUGAAAAUGACUUUUGUCAUAUGAUAGAGCAUAUCCUUUCUUGCCUAUUUCCUCACUUAGCACUAACUAGUUUGUGGUUUGUUUUUUUUCUGGUUAUUCUCUAGGAUAUAUAUUUUUAAGGAUACAAAUAUAUACACAUACAUACUCAAUUUUCUCCCUUGCCUUCAUUGUUUCCCUUAAUAUCUAUUCCCCUGAAGAUUUCUACAUGAACCUAGGAAAAAACAAAGACUUGUUACAUCUUGAGCACCUGACUGGAAGUGUAGCCCUGUGACUCCAUGUCAAAUAGUGGCAAUGCGUAUGCACCAAGUAAGAUGGGAGAAGAUGCUUAGAUGUGGCUGCAUUGUGGAAAUUAAUCAGACCAAGUAAUUCUAGUGUUGAUUUAACCUGAGAUGGUGAAAGGCCAGCUUUGGUUUUGUAAAUACCAGAAAAAAAAUAGAGGGCAGUGCUGAGUAAAAGUGUGUUUAAAUCUCCUCACUGCUUGAGGUAAGUUAUUGAAGUUCAUGAGCCAAUAUUAGUAUUUCCUGCAACUUAUUUGAAGAGCUCUUAAGAAUGGUGUUGCUGUGAGGCCUAAAAUUCAGAUUUAUCUCCAGAGUUCUGUUGCAUGUUCUUGUAUAUCCAGGAGAAGUCAUUGUGACUAUUAGAAAUGACCAUUUGAGUGAUUGCUACUCCUCUGGUGACUGACAGACAACAUGGUCCCAAAAAGAAUUUCAGAAGCAAGACCUUUCUAUCUUAGAUCAUCCACAGAUGGCAGGGCAAAUUGGCCCCUUCUUACCCAGAACUCUUUUGUGUGGCUUUAUCUCUUUCCCUAGUUCUCUAUUAAUUGAAUCAUCCCUAUUCUGUUUUGUUUAUUUCCUUUUGCCUUCAGUGCCUUUAUUGUUGUUAGUUUCUGUCUUAAGUUGUACUAACAAAUUUCAGCUAAUGCUGCAUCCUAGUUAGCUUUGUGUUUCUGUGUGCAUCUCAUGCAACCAAGCCUGUAUGUUUGCUCUCAGCAUUUUUAGAUUUCACAUUGUCUUUCCAUUCACCACAUGGUAAAAGUUAUGACUACACAUUUAUUUGCAUCAAAGAAAAUUCAUGUACAUGCCUCCCCCAUCCUUCCUAUGUCUUAGCUUUGUUUUGUUCUCACUUUUUUAAACCAAUAUUCCAUGAAGAAGAUUUGCCAUAUCCAUUUAAGAAACAUUGAGUGAUAGAUAGGACUCCUAGAAAUUCUCAAAGACGUCUUAUUUACCAUAUCAGAUUUCUCAGGAAUGUGUUGGAAAUUAGCCUAGUAACAUUGUUGUUACUUAUACCUGCUGCUGUAGGAAAAAGUUAUUCGCGACACAUUUACCUUUGAUCAUAAAUAAAAGAGAAAGGGCCACAUUUUUGGAGUUAGUCAUGGUAGUCAUUAGUGAUAUUUUUGAAUUGCUUUUAAUUUGAAAUACUUCAAAGGAAGUAAAGGUCAUGGCUUAGCUCAAAGAAAUGCUCCAGAAGUUGGGCUGUAUAAAUCAUCAGUAAAAUAAUUGUGUGUGUGUGUGUGUAUGAGAGAGAGAGGGAGAGAGAGGAGAAUUGCUACAUAAUUGGAGCAUUUGCCUUCGUCAACAAAUCACAUUAAGACAAACUGUAGUCGGGGCUGUCUUGAUUAAAGCCAAGUGUUCCUCGUGGCUGUGAGGAAGAGUCUCUUGCAAAUACUUUGGAAAGUAAUUACUUGGAAACUUAAAAAAGGUAUUACUUUUUUAAAAAAAAAAUUUAAACACCACUAGAGACCUUCAGUUCCUUCAGUCUGAGUUUGUGGGUAGAAUUCUAAAUUUGUAUUCUAAUCUGUUUUUUUUGUGGAAAAUUUUGAAAAUAGUAUGUAUGUGUAAUAUUGUAUAUGCAAAUUGUGUUGUUUUACUUGUAAAGGGAAAAUGCUUAUUUUUCUUUGUACUUGUUUUGCAUAUAACCAGCACUAAUUAAACGGCAUGUUUAACUGCAAACACUUGCUUUCUUUGUGAAAUAAAAAUAAAGUAUUUAAAUAUAAA